GCACGGCGGUCAGCGCGACGCCUCGUCUCUUGCUGGCUCAGAAGUUCUUCUUUUGGUGGCUCAGAAGUUCUUCUCUUGGUGGCUCAGAAGUUCUUCUCUUGGUGGCUCAGAAGUUCUUCUCUUGGUGGCUCAGAAGUUCGUCUCUUGGGUGCUCAGAAGUUCAUUGAUCUGAACGCUCCCCGUGACACGGCCGGGUGCGAUGGACCCGAGACUCGUCCUCUGCAUCACGGUCGUUGGAUCGCUGCUUCGGUGUGCCGAGGCUCGCCCUGGAGCCACGCUUCCACCAGCAGGCACCACUCAGCUGUCUGAUUCCAUUGAACCUGAACUAUUCGGCAUCACUGCUAUCACAGCAAACACUUCCCCGGCUGAAGCUUCAGAUUCAACUACAGCUACUGCUCUGAUGACUAGGAAUGUUCUCGAAUCUACUAUGUCCUUACUCCUUGCUACUGAUGACGUCAAGGAUGAGUCACCACCUGUCAUAGAAAAUCCUGUGGAGGUUGAAAUUUCAGUGUCGUCGGACAUGUUAGUAACACGAACUCUUGAUGCUUUCCUACGGGGUCCAGAUUCUGUUGUUUGGUCUAAUACUUCGUCUUCAUCAAUGCCUCCAAAUUAUUCGACUCUGGACAAAAAUCAUGAGGAAGGUUAUUUAUUUGUGGAACCAUUUCAAAAUAACACAAAUUUGCAUCUGCUAUCAAAUUUAUCAGUGGACGAAAUGAUUGUAGGGAACGCUUCGAGAGAACAUGAAACAUGUUCCUUAACUUCCUCAUGUGUCGAAAAUGCUACUGGACAUGUCGAAAGUUCAACUGGACGUGUCAAAAAUUCUACAGAACAUGAUGAUAUACAGGAAGAUAUGGUUUUGGAGUCCAGAUGGGAGGCCAGCGAACAAGAAACGAAUUCCACACAACAACUCGCACCGUUCGAUGAUCAGGGUCCAGGCUCUCUGAAAUACUUUUUUGAUGAAAAUACUUUUUUGAAUGAAACAUUCAAUUUCGAUCCCGCUCAAGUUUUUGAAUCAUCUCAUAAUCAGAGCAACAUAAGAGAACUUCAGUCGCAUCACGAUUUUCACGCUAGGAGUCUCGGGGAAACAGUGAAAACAUAUAUGCCGAUCGUUGCAACUAUAAAAACUGUCAGCAAUUCUUCCGAAAUUGAAGUAUCUCGUGAUUUAAAUUGGGAUCUCGACGCCAAUUUUCUUCAAAUCACCAACCCAGCGGCGAAUAAUUUAAGCAAUUCAACAAAUGAACAAAUAUUUGCCGUGGAACUCGACGGAGAGCCAUCGCACAACCUUGACAACGGAAUAAAAUUUGACGAUUUGGUACAUGACUUCCAUCACAACUGCUCGGAAGCAGUAACCAGUGAUAUAGAACUGACUUCAAAGCCUAAGAUAUCCGAAGAAUUUAAAUCAUCAAACUUGUCUCUAGAGCUUCUUUUUCUCCAAUAUAACGUGACACGUUGUAAUGAUACUGGAUCCUCGAGCGUAAAUUGCAGCAUUGCUGAUGUGGAUGAACCAAUUUCCUCUCUCCCUAUUAAAUCAUCGACCAAACAUUUCCUUGUGUUAAGCGUCACAAGUUUGCAUGACGACCAAGUGAGUCCUUACUACGAUAACCACUCGGUAGACACAAAUGCUUCUGAUGACUUGUCGGCUGUGGUGCAGUUCCAGUCAAGUGCAGAUGUUAAUUUUACUGAAGAAGACAUGAGCAGUCAUUUGAACUCAGGCGAUGCACAUGACGAUGGAUAUGAAACAUCUAUUGCAUCUAUAAAUUCCACUCUUGAUAUUAGCACAUUUGAUGUUGCUUCGGAUCCUUCGAACGUAUUUGAAAUGAAUAUGUCUAACUUGAACUGCAGUCAUUUAUAUGACGGGGAUUUCAUCAACAUCACCAGAGCUGAUUUGAACGUUGAUGUAGUCAACGCGCAGAAACGUGACUCUGGUUCGCUACUCAUUGACAAAACACUUGAAGAGGAUGGGACGAUUGACGACAUUUCAAUAUUAGAGCAAAAACAUGUCACUCGUGUGAAUGAUUCCGAAAUAACAAGCUUGAUGCUUGCCGAAAUGAACGUCACAAAGGAGCUCACAGUAGGAUUCGUGGCGCACGUCGCGUAUACUCUAGCUGACGGCAAAAGUGUUCACAGAGUCUCGAGCCCUGAUACCAAUGAUAAUAUGACUAAUAUAUCCUCUUUACGCGAGCACACUGUUUCCGAAGUCAAAAUGUACAUAAAAAAUGUAUCGGAGCAUAUCGGCAACGAAGCGUUUGGAAGUGCGCAAUAUCCAUCAGAUCUCAGUUCCCCGCUUCUGCCUUAUAAUGUCACACUCGACGAUGAACCGAACUUCCCGACUUCUCGCUACGAUAUUUUUACUUCCUCUGCCAAUACGAACGGUUCAAACAAUUCACUGUUUCCCUCGAAUCUCUAAGGGUCAAUCUAACGGCACAUUUUGUUGCAACAUUUUACUAUUUAUUUAUUGUUACCACAUAGUAUUCGCGUUGUUCGGAUAGUUCGUCUUUCAUUAGUGAAUUAUUGUUACUGAAGUGUCAUGUGAAUUAUGUUAGCUAUCUGGCAAAGCAUAAUAACCCGCCAAAAAUCGUCCGCAUCUAACACAAGUGAUUUUUACUGUUGUAGAGUUACUUUUUAGCUCGCACCGUAAGAUUUUAUCUAUAGUGUGCAUAAGAUAGCAUAUGAGAACUCAUAUAACGGACGAUUAAACACGA